AUGAGGAGCAACCAUAUGUCAGGUCGUGUGCAGACUGCAAUAGACUGUAGAGCCACCAUCAUCAUCAGCCUCUUCAUCACUUGGGCGUGCACAGGUCUGCUCCAUGCCAGCAUGCACGUGGCGUUCCACUCACACCCGUUUAAUUCAGAGAAGUGGCAUGCUUUGUGCAAAUUGGACGGGGAGCGACCACACACGCAGACACCUGAUGAAGGUGUGUGUUUAGUGGGACACCACUGCCCCCUCUAUGAAGAGGGCUUGAGCAGCAAAGGCAUCUGUCUGGCCGUGGUGCUCGAUGAGUUGAACCGGAGCGGCGGCGGGCGCUACGUUCGUACCGGAUAUCCACCCGACCCGGCCGGUUCGCCACGUCGUAUUCGGGGCCUGGCUAUGCUCCGGACGGAGGCGCACGCCUCGCGUCCUGCACACCGUGGGGGAAUGCUCAAGAAACCGCGGGAGAGAAGCCGAGACCGCCACAAACCUCGCAGCAAAGACAGUCGCUCCGAAAAAUCCGUAACCAUUAACCCUGCUCCUGCAGAGCCGUUGCUGGGUGACACCACUAUUCGGGGCGAGCAGGUUCAGGAUGACAACUGGGGUGAGACCACCACAGCCGUUACCGGCACAUCAGAACACAGCCUUUCUCAGGAAGACAUUGUUCGCAUCACAAAGGACUUGGAGGACAGUGUGGGGCUGGACUGCCGUCGCUAUUUUACACUCACCCUCGCUGUGAUACUGGGCCUCCUGGUCUUCCUGUCACCAUUGGCCUUCAUGGUCCUCCCUCACCUGCUCUGGCCAGAGAAGCUGCAAAGUUGCGGCACGGCCUGUGAAGGCCUCUUCAUCUCUGUGGCCUUCAAGUUGCUCAUCCUGCUGCUUGCUGUCUGGGCCCUCUACUUCCGGCCGCCACGAGCCAGCCUUCCACGGAUAUUUGUAUUUAGAGCACUCCUCGCUGUUCUGGUUUUUCUCUUCGUGGUCUCCUAUUGGUUGUUCUAUGGCGUAAGGAUACUAGAUUCACAGGAUGAAAACUACCAGGGGAUCGUGCAAUACGCUGUGUCACUAGUGGACGCCCUACUCUUCAUUCACUAUUUGGCCAUCGUGCUGCUGGAAUUGAGGCAGCUUCAGCCCUACUAUUCUGUGUGUGUCACACGUUCCACAGAUGGAGAGACCAGGCACUACAAUUUGGGGCAACUAAGUAUUCAGCGGGCAGCACUGGCCAUAUUGGAACACUACUACUGUGACUUUGCCAUCCAUAACCCGGCUUUGCUCUCCGCUUCCAAGUCACGCGCCGCCAAGCAUCUCGCUGGUCUCAAGGUGUACAAUGUGGAUGGAGACUUCCCAGCAGCCCCCACUGAAAGUCCGGGAAACAACGCGGCCGCAGGACUGGCACAUUCCCAGUCCAGAGCCAUGAUGGCAGCUGCUGCCCACUGCAGGGACUCGAGCCACAACGAACUCUACUAUGAGGAGGCUGAGCACGAGAGGCGUGUACGCAAACGUCGAGCCCGACUGGUGGUUGCAGUAGAGGAGGCCUUUACUCAUAUAAAGCACAUGAAGGACGAGGAACAGAAGAAAACUCCCGGAGACGUGAUGGACCCACGAGAAGCAGCACAAGCUAUCUUCCCAUCCAUGGCACGGGCCCUACAGAAGUACUUGAGGACAACCAAACAGCAGCACUGCCACAGCAUGGAGAGCAUCCAACAACACCUGGCUUUCUGCAUCAGCAACAACAUGUCACCUAAGGCCUUCCUGGAGAGUUACCUGAAGCCAGGCCCUACUCUACAGUACAGCCAGAACCACUGGUUGGCCCGCCAGUGGACGUUGGUCAGCGAAGCGUCAGUCACCAGUGGCCUGAGAGACGGCACAGUCUUUGUGUUGAAGUGCACGGACUUCGGUCUGGUGGUGACCGUCAAGAAAAUCCCCUACAUUCGCAUGUCGGAGGAAUACAUUGACCCAAAAUCACACAAGUUUGUCCUGCGCUUACAAUCAGAGACUUCAGUUUAG